AUGACGCGAACCGAACCUACAAAUAGCACGACGUCGUGGGAGACCAAGAGCAUUGCUGCUCUUGACGAUGCCCACCGAAUUGACUCGGUCGGCCAAGAUCCUCGCCCCAGAGGGCGAAUCCGCCGCUCCAUGACUGCGUGCAAUACAUGCCGCAAGCUGAAAACUCGGUGUGAUCUGGACCCCCGGGGACAUGCUUGUCGUCGCUGCCUUUCUCUCAGGCUGGAUUGUGAGUUGCCAGAAACACAGGAUAGAUUCCAGGAUAAUGCGUCCAACUGGUCAGACGCUAACGCGGCAAUACCGUCAAUCGAGGAGCGGCUUGUUUCCCUGGAGCGUGGUAUGGGUGAGAUGAUACAUUUGAUGCGUCAGAUGGUCAAUCAGUCAUCUACAGUCGCUGGUAGCCCUCAUUCUCAUGCCACACGUAGCGUGGAUGAUGUGGUGUCGGGCGAUAAUUGGCCCGUGCCAUCUUUUACGUUGAAGCCGGUGCAGUUCAUCCGGGACCUGCAGAUUGAAUGCUUCAGAGACCAACUCUCCACCGAGGCGGACCUGCUGGGUGAUAUUGUGUCUCAAGGAAUAAUUGAUGCAAAGUUGUCCUUGAAACUGAUCGAACUUUUUGUCGAAUACUUCAGUCCUUGGGUCUCAAUAGAUCUCUCAUCCAGCAUCCAGAGAACAGAUACACUGCUGUUCAAUACUGCAUGCCUCUUGGCAUCUCGUUAUCUGCCAGGCAUGCCUGCAAAUACGAUCCACGAAAUUUCAAUCCAAGUACAGCACGGGGUCACCAAAACCCUCUGGAGACGGUCGCCCUUGACAAAUGACCUACUUCAAGCGCUGGCAUUGCUUUGCCUUUACCCUACUUCCGGGCAUAAAGAAGGCUUCAUGGAUGGCUGGUUGUUGAGCGGGAUCUCGAUCAAUCAUGCCUUAACCUCUUUCAAUUUUCUCAGUAACCUUCCUACCAAAAGUGUUUUGACCGAUGAGAUGCUCUUUCAAAUGCGUCUUUGGAAUACAUUCUGUCUCACUCAUUUGCAUUCUGCUCUCGGAUAUGGCCGCUCUGUUAACGUGCAGCAACAUCACCUUGAUUACUGUACUCGCAUUCUGGAUCAUCCAAGGGCCACCCCAGAGGAUGGAAGAAUUGUCGCAGAAAUCAAGCUCUACCGAAUUGCUUUAAAGAUCCAGUACAAUCUCCAGCGCCUCCGAUUCGCUGAAGGUGAGUAUGAGGAGAUUGAACGGUGGAAAAUGGAAUGGGCUCAUCUGAUCGCAAAUGAAGGUCCAUCGACCCUCGAGCUAAGCAUUUGGUUCUGUCAGUUACUUCUUCACAGAACCGCCUCUCGACUUCAACCAGAAUCCGACAGACUUGUUGCCGAAAUAUGCAGCAAUGCACGUUUGAUAAUCUCUCGCUCCCUUCAGACUCGAUUUUCCGCUGCGCCAGGAUUGAUCGAUAAUGUGUACUAUAUCCUUGGAUAUGCUGCUCUCACUCUAUGUGAUUACAAUCCAUCGGAUCCUCAGAUCGAUCAGGUGCGGGCCUUCCUGCUCCACCUUGCUCCAAGUAGCGACCACCUGGCCUACAGGAUUGCGUGCAUUGUUGGAGAAGUCCAGCGCAGAUAUUCCGAAGCAGCCAGUGCAGAGCAGGCUUCCCCAAGCGGUGACGUGCUUAAAGGCUCUUUGUUCGUGGUUCCACCUUCGCGAUCAGAGAACCUGGACCUGGCACAACUCAUGCCUGCAUCUGGUAUGGAGUCUCUUGUCGAGGGAUAUGGGUGCUUUGAACAGCUCAUCCCUGCUGGCUACGUGCCUACGCAACCGGCAUUCUCGGCGCCUGCUAUGUUUCAACAUCAUCCAGCGCCAGUCACUGGUGGUGCAAUGCCUGUAAGCCUGGUGCCGCGGGCAUUGCAUGAUCUAUGA